GCCAGGGAUAUAAAUUGUCGUGAUUAUCGAGAUGGGGUGCAUUAUUGCGCUCUGCUCUGCUCUGCUAACACUCAGUCCCUCCCGUCGUUCAACAUGCAUUCGGUCUCGUAACAACCCAACCACACCACAAUCUGGUAACUUUAACCCUCCCCAAAACGCCCCUCAAUAUCGAAAUCCCCCAUUGCGUGUCCGAUACUCCAGCCCUGAUAAGGGCAGUUCAAUUGAAUGAAGGGUAUAAACCUCCCUCGCACAUAAUCGUAAACCCAGCCAAACGCCCAUCUCGCACAUUCACAUGCCCAGGUAUCUAUCUUUCCAUCCAUGUCUUUCUUUCUUUCUUUCUUUCCAUCUCCCUCCCUCCCUCCCUC